AUGGCCUACACGAUCCGUCUCAGCGUUAAAAACGGCACCCCCGAUUCCCUCAAUGUUGUCGAAAAGACCUGCUGGUACUAUGCCAACGGAGGCACGUGGGAAGAGCAAGACGGCCAGCAUGUGUUGCACAUGGGAGGCAGCGGUACCUCCGGGAUUCUUCGCUUUGUAUCCACCUCUGGCGACAUCUUCACCGUUAUUCUGGGCAUCCACAAUUACAGCCCGUGGUGCGAUGUGCAGGUGAACUUGCAGGACGGCGACACGGCCGCGAAGAUGCUUCCGGAAUACUACAGCGGGGGGAGACUUUGCAAGGAAUACGGGAAUGGAUUCAUGUCACGCACUGCCAAUCUCCGAUGGGUUGGGAUUACCUUUGAUCAGCAAGAAGGACAUGAGCUGUCGGCUGAGUUGACUUACUAUCCAGCCAAAGAUGAGCGUGUGUACUAG